CAGCCCAACUUGGGCUUGGAUAAAUGCGGUCUUUAUAAGCGAACACUUCAACGUUAUAUACCGGACUCCGUUCAAGAAUUGGCUUUUUCAGUUUUCACGUGUUUCUGACGGUCUACCAUCAUAAAUAUGCACAUUUAUUUUCUAUUUAUUUUAUAUUACUUAAAAAAGUGAAAAAAAAAAAAAACGUUCAAGGGCACAGACCGAUCAACGAUCAUGGCAUUGCACGGGGAAAACGUAGUAAUGAAUUUGUUUAUAUUUUUUGUAUUUGCUGACCCCGUCGAUGGUUUCAUUGGGCUAAAUCAGUCGGAGUAUACAGCGGUCCCAACCAGGAAACUUGGAAUUGGUAAUAUUGCUCUAAGAGUGAAGUCUGAGGAGAGUUUUGAAACGAGGUGAAGAAUCUGGAGCCAGGAAUAUACGCACAAUGACUGAUCAGCUAGAGCAACAGCAGCAGCAGCAGCAACAACAACAGCAGCAGCAGCAGCAAUCUCAACAACAUAUGAAAAACAAUGAUGAGCCGCGGACUAAUUUAAUUAUUAAUUAUCUUCCACAAAGUAUGACGGAGAAGGAUCUCUACAGCUUAUUUGUCACGAUAGGACCUGUAGAAUCAUGUCGAGUAAUGAAGGACUACAAAACCGGUUAUAGUUAUGGUUUUGGUUUUGUCAACUACACUAAAGCAGAUGACGCUUUGUCAGCAAUAAAUACAUUAAAUGGUCUGCAGGUACAAAACAAGAGGUUAAAAGUGUCUUUUGCUCGUCCAUCUGGUGAAGAAAUUAAGGAAACUAAUCUAUAUGUUACCAAUCUACCUAGAAAUAUCACGGAAAGUCAGAUAGAUGAUAUAUUCAGUAAAUUUGGUAAUAUCGUGCAGAAGAAUAUUUUAAAGGACAAACUUACCGGUUUACCAAGAGGCGUAGCAUUUGUUAGAUUUGAUAAACGUGAAGAGGCACAAGAAGCUAUUGCACAACUUCAUGGUACUGUACCGGAAGGUGGUUCUGAAAGACUCAGUGUAAAGAUAGCAGAAGAACAUGGAAAACAAAAAGCAGCGUACUAUGCAGGUUGGCAAGCUGGCUACAAUCAAAGUAGAGGGGGAGGAAGCAGCGGUGGCAACAGCAGCGGCGUUAGUGGUGGAGGAGGUGGUGGUGGUGUAAGCGGAAGCCUCAAUAGCAGCAGCAGUGGAAGAGGACGGGGUGGCAUUGGAGGACCACCAGGAAUGGGAAUGGGUAUUGGAGGUGGUGGAGGUGGUGGACCAGGAAUGAUUGGCAGAGUAACCGGUGGAGGCUUUGGUCGGGGAUCGCAUCAUGGUGGUGGCUUUAUCGGAAGUGGAGGAGGUCCUGGUGCUAUGAGAAUGGAAAAGUUACAUCAGCAUCGUUUCAAUCCGAUCGCAAAACACCACCAUCAUCAACGUCCUCCGUUCUCAACUAACAACAUGGAUACAUCGGGACGUCGAGCUGUGAAAUAAACGCGCAUCUGUCACACGUAUGUUUUGUAUUAUAAAAAGACUCAAGAGGAGAGAAGAAAGCUGUUAUCCUCUGUCAGACCAUGGCAAAUAAUUAAAGAGAAAGAAAGAUAGAGAUAGAAAGAGAGAGAGAGAGAGAGAGAGAGAAGGGUCGAGGUAAGAAAAGACAACCCAACCCAUUCGCUAUGAUACUUUCUUGGAUCUCCUUUACAAAAUCCCAAGCAUCUUCUUCUCUAAACGCAAUUUUCUUCGAGGGAUGUGUGAAAUUUGUCCGAUUCAAAUUUCGUUUACUUCAUACGUACGAUUUAAAAAAAACAAAAGAAAAAUGAAAAAAUAAAAUUAAAAGAACGAACGAACGACGCAACAUGCCAGAAAUCAAUCAAAAAUGAGAUGAUAGAUGAUGGAUCAAAUGAGAUCGUUCUAGGUAAAAUUUUUCAUUUUUCAUUAUAACAAACAUAUGAAAAAACCAAUGAUUUUUCACAUAUGUAAACUUUGUUAUAAAUUACAGAUAUAUAUAUAUAUAAGAUUUGUUUAAAUUAAGGUUAAAUCCUUAUUGAGACGUCGUCAGUUGUGUGUGUUUCCAAUAGCAACAAUAUUUUACUGUUUCUUCUUUUGUUUCUUAUGUAAAAAAUGAUAAUCGAUAUAUGUGUCCAUUAAUUAUAAAAGUGAUCUAUAAGUCAUGGGGUA